AGUUUUUAUUACUUGCUCUAGGGAAGCCAUUGCCAAUGCUUACAAGGAACUGCUUAUCCCUGCUUCUCUGUGUCCUGUUUGAUGGAGGUCUCCUAACGCCACUGCAUCCACAACCACAACAGACAUUAGAACCAGAGGCAAGAGAAAAUGUUGUCCCAGUGCCAGGGAGGAGGUCAUUUGCCCAGCGAGUCAAACGAGGCUGGGUGUGGAAUCAAUUUUUUGUGCUGGAGGAGUACAUGGGCUCUGAACCUCAGUAUGUUGGAAAGCUUCAUUCUGACUUGGACAAGGGAGUGGGCACUGUAAAAUAUACCCUUUCAGGAGAUGGUGCUGGCACUGUUUUUACCAUUGAUGAGACCACAGGAGAUAUUCAUGCCAUAAGGAGCCUAGAUCGAGAAGAAAAACCUUUCUACACACUCCGGGCUCAGGCUGUGGAUGUUGACACCAAGAAACCACUAGAGCCAGAAUCAGAAUUCAUCAUCAAAGUGCAGGACAUUAAUGAUAAUGAACCAAAGUUUCUGGAUGGGCCUUAUGUUGCCAGUGUCCCAGAAAUGUCUCCAGUGGGAGCAUAUGUGCUUCAAGUAAAGGCAACAGAUGCUGAUGAUCCCACUUAUGGAAACAGUGCUAGAGUGGUUUACAGCAUUCUUCAGGGGCAACCAUAUUUCUCAAUUGAUCCAAAGACAGGUGUAAUAAGGACAGCUUUGCCAAAUAUGGACAGAGAAGUGAAAGAACAGUAUCAAGUUCUAAUUCAAGCCAAGGACAUGGGAGGACAGCUGGGAGGACUAGCUGGUACUACCACUGUAAACAUUACUCUCACGGAUGUCAAUGACAACCCACCCAGAUUUCCUAAGAGUAUCUUCCAUUUAAAAGUACCUGAGUCCUCUCAUGUUGGUUCUGCUAUUGGAAGGAUCAGAGCUGUGGACCCUGAUUUCGGGAAAAAUGCAGAAAUUGAGUAUAACAUAGUUCCAGGAGAUGGAGGGAACUUGUUUGACAUCACAACAGAUGAAAACACGCAGGAAGGAGUUAUCAAACUGAAAAAGCCAUUAGACUUUGAAACAAAAAAGGCUUAUACCUUUAAAGUUGAGGCCUCCAAUCUCCAUCUUGACCAUCGAUUUCACUCAGUGGGUCCAUUCAAAGAUACUGCCACUGUGAAGAUAAAUGUGUUGGACAUGGAUGAACCUCCAGUUUUCAGCAAGCCUAUGUACACAAUGGAGGUUUAUGAGGAUACACCUGUGGGGACCAUUAUAGGUGCAGUGACAGCACAAGACCUUGAUGCUGGCAGCAGCUCAGUUAGAUACUUCAUCGAUUGGAAGAAUGAUGUGGACAGCUACUUUACAAUAGAUGCUACUGAAGGAACCAUUGCUACUAAUGAAUUACUGGAUAGAGAAAGCACAGCACAAUACAAUUUCUCUAUAAUUGCAAGUAAAGUUAGUAACCCACAAUUAACCAGCAAAGUCAACGUUAUAAUAAAUAUCCUGGAUGUCAACGAGUUUCCUCCAGAAAUUUCAGUUCCAUAUGAGACAUCCGUAUGUGAAAAUGCCAAGAUGGGACAGGUGAUACAGAUUAUCACUGCAGCAGACAAAGAUUUGUCAGCAGCUGGGCAAAGGUUUUCCUUCAGAUUGUCACCUGAGGCCUCCAACAAGCCAAAUUUCACAGUCCAUGACUACAGAAACAACACAGCUGGGAUUGAAACCAGGAGAAAUGGUUACAGCAGAAGGCAGAAAGAGCUGUACUUUCUUCCAAUAGUAAUAGAAGAUAGCAGUUACCCUGUCCAGAGCAGCACAAACACAUUGACUAUCCGUGUUUGCAAAUGUGAUUCUGAUGGUAUCAUCCAGUCCUGCAAUGUGGAAGCAAUCUUCUUACCAGUAGGCCUCAGCACAGGAGCGCUGAUUGCAAUCUUGUUGUGUAUUAUCAUACUUUUAGUCAUUGUGGUACUGUAUGUAGCGCUACGAAGGCAGAAGAAAAAGGACACCCUUAUGACCUCUAAAGAAGAUAUCAGAGAUAAUGUUAUCCAUUAUGAUGAUGAAGGAGGUGGAGAAGAGGACACCCAGGCUUUCGACAUAGGUGCCCUGAGGAAUCCCAAAGUGAUUGAAGAUAACAAAAUACGCAGGGACAUAAAACCAGACACCUUGCGUUUUUCACGUCAUAGACCACUUGUUGAAGAUAACACAGACAUAAGAGAUUUCAUUAAUCAAAGGCUACAGGAAAAUGAUGUCGAUCCAACUGCACCCCCUUAUGAUUCCCUGGCAACUUAUGCUUAUGAAGGAAAUGGAUCUGUUGCAGAGUCUCUCAGCUCUAUAGACUCCCUUACUACAGAGGCAGAUCAGGAUUAUGACUAUCUGAGUGACUGGGGACCUCGCUUUAAGAUCUUGGCAGACAUGUUUGGAGAAGAAGAAAGUUAUAACCCUGACAAGGUCACUUAA